GCGGUGCGCGCGCGCGGGGCUGCAGUUGGAGCCUGGCUUUCGCGGCGACAUGGUGCGGACCAAGGCGGACUGCGGGGGGACCAGCGGGGCUUAUCGGAAAGUGGUGGCUGCGCGGGCUCCUCGGAAAGUGUUGACCUCCAGUAGCUCUAAUUUGAAUUCCUCUCCUACUUCACGGAAAGCAGAAAGCAAGUAUGCAGGGGGCAAUCCAGUUUGUGUGAGGCCCACGCCGUCCUGGCAGAAAGGAAUCGGAGAGUUCUUCGGUCAGUCCUCAAAACGCUCAGAGAAGGAAAACCAGAUCUUGGAUGAAGAACCAGGAUGCAGCGGAAUAGGACAGCGUCGAAGAAAAGCUCUUCCCCUGCCUCCAUGUCCUACGGAAAACGAAGCCACCUCUGACGAUGAGAAGUGCGAGCCAGUUCUUGCCUCUUCCUGUUAAUGGAUUUUGCCAUAGGCUGUCUAAUGUGGUUUCGAGUGUACAUCUGUAUAUAUUUGAUCUGAGUAUGGUCUUUCAGACACACUUAAUUGUGUUUACUUAAAAUGUUCAUAACCUAAAACUUGAAUGCCUGCAAGGGAAUUGGGAGAGCUUGUCAAUCCUGAAAGCUCAGCGGCCACUAAAGCACCGACUGUGUCAUAAGUGGUGUUUUUCUCAGCACUUGUUAAAGUUCUGUGCCAUAAUAUGUUAUGAUAACUAUUAAACUUUUUUUUUU